AUGGCGGACCCCAGCCUCACGUCGCCCUCUGGGACUCCGCUGCGCUCCCCCAACGACUCUCUCACCCUGUCCUUCCCCUUCCUGAGGGAGGGGAGUCGGGUGUGGGAGGAAGGGAAGGAGCAGCCGUUGCCACGGGAUCUGCCCAGUCCGCUGCCAACUAAGCGCACCCGCACCUAUUCAGCUACAGUACGUGCUCACUCAGGUCCAGUUUUUAAAGGCGUGUGUAAGAACUUCUCCAGGUCACAAGGUCACGGCUUCAUACGACCUUCGCGUGGCGGCGAAGACAUCUUCGUUCACAUCUCAGACAUCGAGGGGGAGUAUGUCCCAGUUGAGGGCGACGAGGUCACGUACAAAGUGUGCCGGGUCCCACCCAAGAACCUGAAGGUGCAGGCGGUGGAGGUGAAGAUCACACAUCUCAAUCCAGGGACGAAACACGAGACCUGGUCUGGGCAGAUCAUCAGCUCAUAGGGCCUGAGCUCUGGGCCUGGUGGGUCAUGCUGAGCGGGGCUGGAUAGGAGGUAGCAGAGGUUGCUCGGGGACUGGUAACUCACGUUCUGUGCUUAAAACUUUUUUUUAAUGUUUUACCUUCACAGCAUAGUGUCCAGUGUUUCAGUUGUAGCUGGCGAUGACAGAUGUUUGUCCACUUACAGAGCUGAUGAACUGUCUGUUUACUACACUGGUGAUUUUUGCUGUGCGUGUGAAACUGAGCAUUUACUCAUUGUUUGGAAAGUCACGUGCUUAAUUGAUUUAUAUUUUUUUGAUCCAAAGUCAGAUUUCAGCUGGGAGCAUGAAGUUAUUCUGCUUUAUCGAUCAUCUGUGUAAAAUAUGAAACAGUGGGGAAACAUAACUUUAAACUGAAGCAGCUGAGUCCAUGUGGAGGGAGGAGAGCGACACAGGACAAAAGGCUGAAUUGAGUUUUAUUUCCUUUCUUUGCAGCUGUUAUGCACUUGUUUACUUCACCAAACUUUCCAGGAUCACAUGUUAGGUGCAAGCAUGGGUCAGAUGACUUGUUAUUGCAACCUACACUGCUUUUUAAAUCGAGUGCAGACUUUGGAAAGAUGAGCUUAAACUUUCAACAACAGAGAUAAUGGAUGUAAAAGAAAGUAGUUUCGAAAGAUUUGGAUGAGCGUGUUGCUGAGUGAAAGAAAGAUGAAAUGGCAGGUUGACAAACCAAAGCCCUAAAUAUAAAUCGUUCUAAGUUUGCACCCUUGACAGGACAUCUCAUGACCUCCUUUUGAGUUUCAGAUCACCAGUAGAAACAGGAUCUCAGGAUGGAAAAGAGGAAGUAUUAUUUUAAAAUUGAGAGGGGAAUGUACUGAAAGUUGGAUGCAGAGUAAAUCAGAAGUUGGGAAUUCAGUUUAUCUGACAUAGAAAAAGCAUAAAGGGAGAUGUGGACCGAAGCGGAAAGACCAUCUUAAACCAAAUACGGACAUUUCAACCACAUAAAACACAUAUUUUACUGUGAAUGGAAAUUGAUUCCAAGUCUUUUCCCCUGAAAAACGCAUAUCCUUGGUUGUAUUGUCUUGUUUGUGGUUAUUUAAGUAUUUAUUUGAUGAUUUGUUGAGAUUUGUGUGUGUCUUCAGAUUAUAACUCUGUCAAAACUUGCACUGAAGAAAUUUGAACGUCCACUUUGAAAAAAAAAAAAACUGCCACAGUGCUCCAGACGUCACAGUCAGGUUUUGGUCCAUUUGUUGUUGUGUGUGAAAAUUCCUGUUUUGAAUUGGUCUGGAGCCAUGAUUUGUUGAAACACAAACCAAUUUCUAAAUCUCUUUUUCUAUUAUUAGAAAAACAUAUAUCUGUGUGUGAUUUAUUGAGUGUAGUCAUCGUGAUGGUGAACUACAUGACUUUAUAGUUGGUGCCAAUAGAGAUAAUUGUCACAGAGAUGUUGUUUGUAGUUAUUCAGGUUAUCUACUGUACUGUAUGUCAGUUUUUUUGUCAUAUCUGUCCCAUAGAGUCUCUAUGCAUCUCGUCUUAUCUCUCAGUGUCACUGCCUGGAUUAGUUCAACAUGAACCUUUGUUUAUUUCUGUCACAUCAAAGGGCACUUUCUUUUGUGGGUGAGCCACUGUGGUGGUGAUCCUCAUGAUUACUUCUGCUGAGCCUUGAAA